AAUCGUAAUUAAUUCUACUGAGUGUAUGGAGAAUAUAUUAUCUCCUUAUUGUCGACUGUCCUAUGUUGCUGUCAAUGUGCAUUGAUAUUAUGGUAUUUUCAUACACUUCGUCGUCGUCGUCGCGUUGGACGUUGUAAAAUCCAAGAUACGUUAAAUGUAAUUGUAUUUUUUUUUGUGGCCAUCUCUUGUGCAAAAUCGUAUUUACAGGUCAAGUACAAGGCCCAAAAAAAAAAACUGAAUCAGAAACUUAAAACAGACAGAUAUGCGCAGUGAAAUGUCUUAACAAAAUUAACGUGUCCUCCAAAAGAAAAAAAGCACAAAAAUAAUGAAUAUAACUAAAUCAAUGAAAAUCAAUAAAGUUUAAUUACGACUGUGCAAGGAUUUCAAUCGAGUUGCCAACUUUACGUCAUGCUCUCCACGUCUUCGACAUCGUUGCCAACUGGAAGAAAGCCCGUUAUUAUUGACUCGCGAGAGUCGCGAGAGGACAUUAUUCAUAAUGAAAAUAUGAUCGUUUCGUCGACAACAACAACAGCAAUAGUUCCCAUUCCGAGCAAGCAGCAAAAUCAAAUACUUUGUCACAAGCAACAACAACAGCAGCAACAGCAACGCAGCAACAAAUUAUCCAGCACUUUGUCAGAUUCGUUAAUUAUUGAUGCAUCAUCAUCAUCGUCAUCCGAUAUGAGCAACGCAUCAACAGCCGCAGCAGCAACAACAACAACAACACGCUCGUUGCUUACUCACCACAGCCACAAUCAUCAUCAUCAUCAUCACCACCCUUCAUCCUUGACAACUUGCAUUAAAAGUCCACCCAUUAUAGCGACCGUCCAUCACCAACAACAACAGCAACAGCAGCAGCAACAACAGCGACAACAACAACAACAACAACAAUAUGGACUGCAAAUUGCAUCUGAGAACAGUUCGAAGAACAACAAAGAGUGGAGAGAGCGACAACAAAAUACGUCACUUGCACUAGAGACUCCAACAUCAUCGCUUUGCUGCAGCACUGCCAUGAAAGCCAGUGGAAAUCCAUUGAUUUUACAAAAGAUGACACGAACUAUACCAUCAGAUAAAAUUAACUUACGUUUAAUCCUUGUCAGCGGAAAAACAAAAGAAUUCUUAUUUAAUCCAUCUGAUUCCGCUGGUGAUAUUGCACAAACUGUUUUUGAGAAUUGGCCCACAGAUUGGUCACAAGAAGCCGUAACUAAAGCCGAAAUCUUGCGUCUAAUAUAUCAAGGUCGCUUUUUACAUUGCAAUGUCACAUUGGGAGCAUUAGGACUUCCGUUGGGAAAAACUACUGUUAUGCAUUUAGUGCCCCGUGAUAAUUUACCGGAACCUAAUUCGCAAGAUCAAAGACAGAAGAGUAAAGGUGGAUCUGGACGUUGCUGUUCUACUUCUUGCUGUAUUUUGUAACUAAAUUGUCUCAUAGUUAUAUGUGUAUAUCUUAAGUUUUAAAGAAAAUAUAUACAACAUAAUAAUUUUUUGCAGGUAGCAUCAUUUGUUUUAAAUUUAAAUAUACCAAAUUUUUUUAAUAUUACAUAAGUAUGCUUGACUGCAUUAAAUAUUGUACCAUAUACUCUUAAUUGUAUGUUAUUAGAGGUCUAAAAUAGAAAUGUAUAA